UCAAAGCCUACUACAAGGGGGACAUCAUGAUAACCUAUUUUGAACCUUCCAUCUCAUUUGAGGGACUGUGUAAUGAAGUUCGAGACAUGUGCUCCUUUGACAAUGAACAGCUCUUCACUAUGAAAUGGAUUGAUGAAGAAGGAGACCCGUGUACAGUUUCUUCUCAGCUGGAGUUGGAAGAAGCUUUCCGGUUAUAUGAAUUAAACAAAGAUUCUGAGCUGCUAAUUCAUGUGUUUCCUUGUGUACCAGAAAGGCCUGGCAUGCCCUGUCCAGGAGAAGAUAAAUCCAUUUAUCGUCGUGGUGCCCGCCGGUGGCGAAAGCUGUAUUGUGCAAAUGGUCAUACUUUUCAAGCAAAGCGGUUUAAUAGGAGAGCUCAUUGUGCCAUAUGUACUGACCGAAUAUGGGGCCUGGGGCGUCAGGGCUAUAAGUGCAUCAACUGCAAACUCCUUGUUCACAAGAAGUGUCACAAACUUGUCAACAUUGAAUGUGGUCGCCAUGCACUUCCACCGGAGCCUAUAAUACCUAUGGAUCAAUCAUCAGUGCAUCCAGAUAACAUAGAACCAGUAAUUCCAUAUAAUCCUUCAAGUCAUGAAAGUUUGGAUCAUGUUGGUGAAGAAAAAGAGGCAAUGAGCAUUAGAGAAAGUGGCAAAGCUUCCUCUAGUCUGGGCCUUCAGGAUUUUGAUCUGCUCCGGGUAAUUGGAAGAGGCAGCUAUGCUAAAGUACUUCUUGUUCGAUUAAAGAAAACUGAACGUAUUUAUGCAAUGAAAGUUGUGAAGAAAGAACUAGUCAAUGAUGAUGAGGACAUUGAUUGGGUUCAGACAGAGAAACAUGUGUUUGAACAGGCUUCUAAUCAUCCCUUCCUUGUUGGACUGCACUCUUGCUUCCAGACAGAAAGCAGACUAUUUUUUGUUAUAGAAUAUGUCAAUGGAGGAGACUUAAUGUUUCAUAUGCAGCGGCAGAGGAAAUUGCCAGAGGAGCAUGCCAGGUUUUAUUCUGCAGAAAUCAGCCUAGCAUUAAACUACCUGCAUGAAAGAGGGAUAAUCUACAGAGAUUUGAAACUGGACAAUGUAUUACUGGAUUCUGAGGGACACAUUAAACUCACAGAUUAUGGCAUGUGCAAGGAAGGGUUAAGGCCUGGAGAUACAACCAGCACUUUCUGUGGGACUCCCAACUACAUUGCUCCUGAGAUCUUGCGAGGAGAGGAUUAUGGAUUCAGCGUAGACUGGUGGGCACUGGGUGUACUUAUGUUUGAAAUGAUGGCAGGAAGAUCACCAUUUGACAUUGUUGGAAGCUCUGAUAACCCUGAUCAGAACACGGAGGAUUAUCUCUUUCAAGUUAUUUUGGAAAAGCAAAUACGUAUUCCACGAUCCCUCUCUGUUAAAGCAGCAAGUGUUCUAAAAAGUUUUCUUAACAAGGAUCCAAAAGAACGUUUAGGCUGCCAUCCUCAAACAGGAUUUGCAGAUAUUCAGGGACAUCCAUUCUUCCGCAACGUUGACUGGGAUCUGAUGGAACAAAAACAAGUGGUUCCUCCAUUUAAACCAAAUAUAUCAGGGGAGUUUGGUCUGGAUAACUUUGAUUCCCAAUUCACUAAUGAACCAGUGCAGCUCACUCCAGAUGAUGAUGAUAUUGUGAAGAAGAUCGACCAGUCGGAAUUUGAAGGUUUUGAAUAUAUCAAUCCGCUUUUGAUGUCAGCUGAGGAAUGUGUCUGAUCUUCCUCUUCUAGACUGUGCCAUUUGUUGCGUUAUACUGUUUUCUGCAUGGAUAAGCAACUUGUUGUUUGGAUGCACUUGCAUAGAAUGGUUAACUGACUAUUUUAUCUGUGCCACUAACUGUGGUUUAUUCACUGAUUCUCAGCAUUCAUUGUUGCAGCCAGCUACUGUGCAGCACUUGCUCUGGGUUGCACAAAAAUUUAAAAUGUUUUUUCAACAAUCUUGCCAAAGUUGAAUUGUAAUAAAUAAUCUGGUAUAUAGGGUGCCUAAAUGAUGUAGUGAAUUUUGCUGUAUAAUCUGCUGAUUGUGUAAUGUAGCUAUGUAUUUUGAAGAAAAACCUUGGUACUGCUUUUCAAGAGUUCAUUUUGCAUCCAGUCACAUAAUAAAAUAGUACUAAAUAGCUUCCAUACUCUUGGCAAGAUUAAGGUACUAGGUCUGGUAACUUGUAAGAUUCUACCUUUUCCCUUCCUUGCUUCUCCUCCCCACCCCACCUUGUUUUUCCUUAUCAUUUCUAGAUGACAGUGGAAGCUGAAGUGUUGUCCCUGCAGACUCAAAUAACACUAGGACAGCUGUUCUUUUAGAACAAAAAUGUAACUGCUGUCUUGGAAUAGGAAACAUUUGAUUCAUCCCAGGGGAUGAUCAUCAUAGAACUGGUAGAUUACACUCCUCAGUUUAUUUCUGACUGGUAACUAGGAAUAACAUUAAAAAGGCUUUGGUAUGUGAAAAGCACGUGCCUUUCUGAGCCUGUCCUUUUCAUCAAGGGUAUUAGUGUAUAAAGUGUCAGCGUAAAUGAGUAGAAUAAGUUCAUACUUGUAAAAAAAGAAAAAACUAGGAUUACUGGUGGAAAUGGGCAGCUAAUAUUUGAGAAUGUAGGACUUCAUGUUAUAGGGCACGUUUACACAUGCUCCAGGGGUGGAGGGUGGUGCUUUCAUAAUUGGAGCGGCUCUUGGAGCCUCUUUGAUUAAAGUGUCGCAGUGUCCCAUGUAUCGGCAUCCUCGCACUUCAAAAUAGCGGUAACGGCACUUGAAGUAAAGCUCGUUCAACAAGCUUUAGUUCAAGUGCCCUGCUGCUAUUUUGAAGUACAGGGAUGCUGAUACAUGAGACAGGCUGCUAGAGCACUGUAAUUACCAUGCUUCAGCAGACUCAAUUUAAUCAAGUCUGCUCCGACACACUAUAAUUACAGUGUGUCAGAGCAGCCUCUGUGCUUGUGUACAGGCACCCAUAAUUCUUUAAUUUUAUAGAUGCUCCUUUGGCAGAUCAGAAAUUGUUAUCUUACAGCCUACAUAAGGAGGAGUCUCAUUGCCAUCCUGCUUGAAAAACAUUCCAUUAUGCCAGUAGAAAAAGGCAUGUUUCUGUGUUACCCCAGUAUCUAAAAAAGGAGUGCCCUCACAGUGGCUCUCUUACUCUUAUUCUGGAUAUAUAUUAUUAUAAUAUCACUACAUAUUGUAAUCUCUAAAUACUAAGAGUCUAUAAUGGACUCAGAUGAACUAACUGACAAAGCAAUUAGAAAAUAGAGUAACUAAAUUGAGUUAACUUGCUUGAAGGUAUCAUUCUUUUGUCUGUCAUGUUGAUAGCUAAUGUAAUAUACACUACAGAGAGAGCUAAAUUGUCAAACUAUUUUGUUUGAAUUUUUGAGGAAUUUCUUUGGCUGAAGGGAUGCCAAAUCUGUUUUAUUCUGAUUUUAACACUUUUUAAAGGAAAAGGGAUUUUAGGAGAGAGGUAAUCAAUUUGUAUUAUGCAAGGAAAAGCUGUGAGCUAACAUGCUAAGUAUUAGUAAAAGCAGAAUUAUUAAUGUUCUGCAAACAGAACUUAGCAAGAAUCAUCUGAAGUUUUAAUGAGCCUUCUUCUCUGCUGCUGAAAAUUUAUAGAGCAUCAAGAUUAUCAAUUUAUAGCAUCAAAAUUGAAAUGCCUUCAAACAUGUACUUUUUUUCCUGAACUGACUAGUUAGCUUCACAGAGAACAAUCAAUACUACUUGGGGCCAUAAUACAGUACCUCGCUCAGACUUUUUUUCCCCCACACGGUCUUCUAAUAAAUCUCUCUAGAGUUAGGAAGCUAAACUUUCAAAAUAAACAAGUAAUUUUUGGGAAGUGCUGAGCUCAUCUUUUAUGAAAAUCAAGCUCCUUUUAAGGUCAAAUGGGUUACUUAAGCUUUACUGUGACAUUUCAAUUUUGUCUUCAAGGGCAGCCAGUGAUUGUAAUAUCUUUAGAACUGCAUCUAGGCAGUACUUGCUUCACAAAAGGAAUAUUUGUGAUAAUCUUGAAGUCUUUAGCUUCUGACUUCUAAAGUCAAGUCAUCUCUGUGUAGAAGCCAGGAAUGUGCUGGUAUUAAAAGGCUGCUGUCUUAAAUGAAUUAACUUGCCCCUGCACAGGGGUAUAACUUCAUAUAGGAUAUUCAAUAAAAUGUCUUUAUAUAGGGAAGUGCAUUUUUGUUUUUCAUUGUACACAUUUAAGAAUUAAUGAAUACUUUCAUGUUUUGGGGUUUUUUCCAUUCUUGAAGCAAAAUAAAAGGUUUGUUUUUUGGGGGGCGCGGUUUACAGAUAAUGUUACAAAAUAUACACACUACUUCUUUUUAUGAAUCUUAACUUAUGGUUGGCCUUCUGUUUCAGUAUCAUUUAGUUAACACAAAAUGUGAUAGAUAUUUUUAAAAGUUGUCACCGCAAGGUUUU